AUGCCAGAAGAUUCAGAAGAGGAAGACUAUUCAGACAGAACUACCAGUGAAGAUGAAUCAGAUGAGGACACUUUCCUGAAAUUCACAGGUGAAGAUCUCCAGCAGUGUGCACUUCUAACAGCUGAUUCCAUUAGUGACUCAUUUUUCCCCCGGACCACACAGAUCAUAUUGGAAUAUCACCUAGGGAAAUGGGUGCGACGCCUUCGUGAGCCACGAGAUUUAUAUGGUGUCUCUUCCUCUGGUCCACUGAGCCCAACACGGUGGCCGUACCACUGUGAGGUCAUUGAUGAAAAGGUCCAGCAUAUUGAUUGGACUCCUUCUUAUUCUGAGCCGAUGUACAUCCCAACAGGCCUAGAGAAGGAACCCCUUUAUCCAAACUCUAAUGAAGAUACAGUGGUUUAUCUAGCUGAAGAUGCUUACAAAGAACCCUGUUUUGUAUAUUCCCGAGUUGGGGGCAACCGAACAACCUUGAAGCAGCCUGUGGAUAAUUGUGACAACACUUUGAUGUUUGAAGCAAGGUUUGAGAGUGGUAAUCUACAGAAGGUAGUCAAAGUGGCCGACUAUGAAUACCAGCUGACUGUGCGCCCCGACCUCUUCACAAAUAAACACACCCAGUGGUACUAUUUCCAGGUCACUAACACCCAAGCGGGAAUAGUCUACAGAUUCACCAUUAUCAAUUUCACCAAGCCAGCUAGCCUUUACAGCCGCGGUAUGCGCCCCCUGUUUUACUCUGAAAAGGAAGCUGAGACUCAUCACGUGGGCUGGCAGAGAAGAGGAGACCAAAUCAAGUAUUACAGGAACAACCCCGGGCAAGAGGGGCGCCAUUAUUUCUCUCUCACGUGGACAUUUCAAUUUCCACACAGCAAAGACACCUGCUACUUUGCUCACUGCUAUCCGUACACUUACACCAACCUGCAAGAAUACCUUUCUAGCAUCCAUAAUGACCCAGUGAGGUCCAAGUUUUGUAAAAUACGCGUCUUGUGCCACACGAUCGCUAGGAAUAUGGUGUACGUCUUAACGAUCACUACCCCCUCGAAGAACGCUGACUCAAGAGAGCGCAAGGCCGUGAUUUUGACUGCGAGGGUACAUCCAGGAGAGACCAACAGCUCUUGGAUCAUGAAAGGCUUCCUAGAUUUUAUUUUAGGGGGCUCACGUGAUGCGCAGUUGCUUCGGGACACUUUCAUCUUCAAGGUGGUACCCAUGCUGAAUCCGGAUGGUGUGAUUGUAGGAAAUUACCGGUGCUCCUUAGCUGGACAGGAUUUAAACCGUAACUAUACUUCUCUCCUAAAGGAAUUAUUCCCUUCUGUUUGGUAUACCCGGAACAUGAUCCGUAGAUUGAUGGAGAAGCGAGAGGUUAUUCUAUAUUGCGACAUUCACGGCCACAGCAGGAAAGAGAACAUCUUCAUGUACGGCUGCGGCGGUGGUGAUAGAUGUAAAGCAUUAUACCUGCAGCAACGGAUCUUUCCACUUAUGCUGAGCAAAAAUUGUCCAGAUAAAUUUUCAUUCUCGGCUUGCAAGUUUAAUGUCCAGAAGAGCAAAGAAGGAACAGGAAGGGUGGUAAUGUGGAAAAUGGGGAUCAGGAACAGCUUUACCAUGGAGGCCACGUUUUGUGGGUCCACUCUGGGUCAUAAACGAGGCACUCAUUUCAACACAAAAGACUUGGAGUCAAUGGGAUAUCAUUUUUGUGAUUCUCUCUUGGACUAUUGUGAUCCAGACCGAACUAAGUAUUAUCAGUGCUUAAAAGAAUUAGAAGAAAUGCAAAAACACGUGAACUUAGAAAAAGUCCUUGAUGAGUCAGAUACUUCUCUGGAAGACGUUAUAUUGGAUCUAGUGUCUAGUAGCCAAGGCUCUGACUGUUCAGAAUCGAAUGACUCUCAGACUUCUUUUCCCAAGGUAAUUCCUCAGAUAAAAAGGAAGAAAAAACAUCUGAAAACAAGGAAGGAAAGAAAUUCUACCAUAGCAAGCUGUCAACAUGCCAGAGAAGCUCAAGAGGUUUGUGAUAAAGGACAUUUAGUGCAAAGACACAAAGAAUCAAAUUCCAACGUGGAAGAUAUAAGGCCAAACGUAUCAGAUGGUUGUGUAUUUGAUUAUCUGAGGAGACAGCUUCCUAAUCAAGCCCCCAUCCAGUCAGCCACCGAAUCAGGCAGAACUUACCUCAAAAUCCUCUCUUUCCAUCUUAACUACCACCAUUCUCUUCCGACUCUUAUGUCCCACCCCCAGCAGCACCACAGACCUCUGAUUGGCCCCCUAGCCACCGGUAUUGUCACCCGAGUUGCACCUUUCAUUCUACCCUACCAGCCACCCACCACUAACGCCAAUCUGCCUCCCUCCCAAAGCCUAAUUCAGAGGCUUAGCAAAGACCAACGAGGACAUCUUUCAGAAGCUGGUAAGAGACCAAUGCAGGAAAUAAUUCAGCCCAAGUACAUGGAUUUGUAUGGAAACUGCUUCCAAGUGACAUCCUUGAAAUGUGCUACGAGCAACCAAACCUUCAAUUGGACCAAGAAGACAAGGACACCGACAGAAGAUCUGCGUCACAACCUAAAAAGCAAAAUGAAAAAACCUGCAUCGUUCCAAAGCAAGAGGACUGGUGUAAAUUGGACAGAUGAUGAAAAAAGAAUCUACAGGGAUAAAAGAAUAACUCAAACUAAAGAAAUAUUGCAGUAUUUGAUCCCUAUCAUAAGAGGCACUAAAAACGUGCAAAACACUCAGAUAAAACAGAUAUUCAGUUCAAGAGCCGGCUUCCAAAUCCAACAUCAAAACCCAACUACUUGUGUAAACAUAAAGAGAUACCGCGCAUCUUGGGUACCACCCAGGCACCCCCCUUUUAUAAGCCAAAGGAACCUUAUGGGGAGCUCUUCAGAAUGGCUCCAGCCUGUGUCCCAGAGGUCACUUGCAAGUUUGUCACCUCUCAAAGGGCACACGAAAGAGAAAAAUUGUUCUCACGUCAGAGCCUUAAGGACUAAAAACAUGAAACCUGUCAACAGCAAAUGGGAGACUGCUUCCCUGAGUUUUGAAAAGGAUGUGAAUAUUAUCAAGGGCAAGAGUCUUCGAGCUGAAGAAUCCAACCAGCAGAGCUCUGUGCAGAUGGCUCCCCAAUCCCACUCAAAAUAA